ACUAUUAUGUUUCUAAAAGGUAAUGUUAGUAUGUUAGGCCUCAAAUUCUACAGAAAAAAAAUUGAUGAGUUAAAUGGAUUAUUCACUUGGACAAAAUUUGAAUUACAGAACACAGCUAAUCAAACAGCUAAUUUUCUUGUGUCCACUUCCUUCAGUUUUGCGGAAAUAGAAGCAAAAUCUGCAGCAAUAGAGAUCUUAAUGAAAUGCCUGCCAGAUUUAUGUCCUUUGAGUCAAUGUCAAAUGAACAAAUUAAUCCAGUUUUGAUAGGUACGAUAUUCAACAGUACACAGUCAUGAGCACGCCAUGGGUUUUGCUGAAAUUUCUCCAUCCAAUUUGUCAUGAUCAUAAAAUGAAAUGAACAACUCUCUGAAAUACAGAGAUCUUUCCAUCCUGAGAAAAACUCCAAUAAAAGAAUUCGCAUUACGAUAAUAAUCAAAAUAAGACACAUUUUGUGCUAAUUAACCCAUUAAUACAGGCAUAAAUCAGAUACUUUAGAACUAAUUAGAUUAAAUUAGACUGUGAUUAGAGCACAGUAGAACUAGCAGGCCAACAUUCAGGCACAAUCUGAUCCUAGGAACACAAUUAGAUCCCUUUUAGUGGAGGUACAUAAUAUCACCAAUAAAUGAGAUUGUUCAACCUCUUCCAAUGAUUAUGAUUCACUUCUCUUUGUCUAUCACCAAAAAGAAAACUGAAGCAUUGCUUUUCUUUUUUUGAAAAAUUUGGUUAAUGACAAGUCGGUGAUCAAUUAAUUAAAGAGUAAUGAUGUUACUGUUCAAGCAUCAAAGGAAAAUUAGUGAUAAGUCAAAAUCAGCCAUUCAAUCCUAAAAGUGAAGGGCCCCUUCAUCUAACAGCGUCAAUCUACAGGAUAAGACCACUCAAGAAUCUGCACCGUUUUCAAAUUUUGGUGCCAUGUAGUAUGUACUAUUAUCUUUCACCAAUUAGGACAAUUACUCCAUAUUAUCUUUGUAAAAAUUUAUGGUAUCUUCCCUCCCUUUAGUCCUAUAAAUAGAGUUCUUUGUGUAUAAGUGUUUGGUGAGGGCAAGUGAAUAGGCCAUUAUCAUCAAUCAAACUCUGUCUCCCUCUAUAUAAGCUCUCAGGUCUUUUGAGUUUUGCAACCGGAAGCGAUAACAAGUCCCUUUACUGCAGUCUGUAAAAAUGGGCCGAGGCAGAGCUCCCUGCUGCGCGAAAGUGGGACUCAACAAGGGCUCAUGGACUCCAGAGGAGGACAUGCGGCUCAUUGCCUAUAUUCACAAGUACGGCCAUGGCAACUGGCGAGCUCUCCCGAAAUUUGCAGGGCUUCUGAGAUGUGGAAAGAGCUGCAGACUAAGGUGGAUCAAUUACCUUAGACCUGAUAUAAAGCGUGGUAACUUUACCAAAGAGGAGGAGGAUACCAUUAUCAAGCUCCACGGAUUACUAGGAAACAAAUGGUCUAAGAUUGCAUCUUGCCUACCGGGUAGAACUGAUAAUGAGAUCAAAAACGUGUGGAACACCCACUUGAAGAAAAGAUUGGCGCCUAAGGAGGAAAAAUCAGGAGAAAACCCUGAAGAAAUUCCAAGCUCACCGUCGUCAAUAACUACUGCCUCUGUUUCUGUGUCAUGCUCUGAUGAAGGUGAGAGCAAAAAAGAGAAAGAGCAAAAUGACAAGGAACAGCAUGAAGCUAUGGAUGACAAAAUUGACAAGAUUGAGUUAUCCGUUGAGCCCAAUCUGGACAUGUGGGAUAUGUUGGAGGAUUCUUCUUAUUCAGAAAUAACACACGAAAAUGUUGAACCUCCCUCCUCCGACGUGCGAGUAAAAGGUGAUGACGGUAAUACUCUGGUCGACUUGCCCGAGAUUCUGAUCGAGCCAGAGAUUUGGAAUAUGAUCAAUGAUGACUUAAAUAUUGCACUGACAAGGGACACUACUGCUGCUGCUACACCACGAACUCAUCAUCAAAACAUCAAAGCUAAGGGUGAAGAUGAGAAAGAGAGAUGGCUGCAAUACUUAGAGAAGGAGCUAGACUCGUGGGAAGAGUGUGCCGCUGCUACUGCACAGGUGGAGGGGGCAGACCCAGUGGCAAGUUAUUUUCAAGCACUGCAAGCUUCACCCUCACCUUUAGAUAUCUUAUAUUGAUUACAAGUGCCCUCGUGCAAUGGUUACAAGGAAUAUGACUGCAAGAAAAUGCGCUUGCUAAAAAAUUAUACAAAGAUUGUAAUAUAACAAGAAUCUUUGGAAGUGGAGGGUGAACAUUUUCCUAGCUUCACUCACCAAAUCCGAUCAAUGUUGAUCAGUAUAAAUGUGUUAAUUAAAACUAAUGCAAAAUACAGUGAAGAAGCAGUCAUCAUAGAUUUCUCCUUGUUAA